UCAUCAUAUUACAGCUGAUUGUGCUAUAACGCCAUGAAGAGAAAAUAGGUCAUCUUGGAGGAAAGUCACUGGAUUUAAUUGUUUGCACUAUUAAUAAAUCCCCUGUAGGAAAAAGAAAAAUCCAACGUACUGACAGUAUGGAGACACAAGAUGGCGACAGAGCGUGCUGCGCCAGUAGCUUCACCACCCGCAGCAGCAGCAGCAGCGGCAGCACAGGCCUGAUGACAGCGAUAGCAACGACCCAGACUGUCGGUAACACCUACACUCAUUACAGCGACAACAUCUCGAGCAAAGUGUCUGAUGUACGAGCUAUUACCAUUCAGCCUGGCCUCUCACUGGACAGAUUCAAACACAAAGGGUUGAAGAAGGGCUUGUUUAACAGGUGGCACUGACCUUCAAGCUGAAAGGGCAAACAUUGUGAGGGCAGUGCCAGAUGGAUCAUGGUGGUCAGUUUGAGAGUGAGGGCAGAGUAAUGUCCCAAGUUCAGGUGGGUGGGGUUGACCUCUGUGAUAACCUGCCAAGCCCUGAGGCUCUCACUGCCCAAACUCGAAACCUCAACGAGACAAAUGCGCUCACACAGAGUCAAAAUCUCUCUGGAGGGCGUGGGCUCAUCCAAAAAGCCUCUCUCAGCAACAAUGGAAAGGACACGGGGGAGGAGGAGGAACAGGAAAAGGAGGGAUGUAGGGGAGGGGGCAGAGAGGAGGAUGAGGAAGAAGACAUUGAUGAGGUGAUGAAGGAAGAAGAGGAGGAAGAAGUUUCAGAGGGAUCAAGCUCUCAAAUUCGCUGCCAGUCUCCAGACACUCCCAUGACCGAUUCUUCCUAUUCUGAAACAGGCAGUCUGUUGGAGACUCCAUACCCCUUUAGCCCCGGUACCAGUCCGGAGCCGACUUCCCCAGUCAUUCCAGUGGCAAGUCCAGAAACUGCAUAUCCUGUCAGUCAAGGCGCACUGAGCCAGAGUGAUGUCAAAGUAGAGUCUUGUACCUCCACCGCUGAAUCAGUUGCCUCCAACACAGGGUCCAUUACACAGGGACCCACCUUCACCACGGGGCCUAUAGAUUCUACUACACUAACUAUGACCUCAGAAACCAGGCCUACCAGCUCAUCUGAGCCUACGUGUAUUACAGAAGCUACAGACAGGAUAGCAAAAAAUACCAACUUUAUUACAGAACUUUUUACCUCAUCCACAGAGCCUGACUUCAGAGGAAUUUCCGCUUCAAAUGCAGGACCUGUCACCUCAUCUGCAGAGACUUUUACAGUAACUGCUUGCACUACAAGACUCAACACUUCCACUGAUUCUACUGCUAUGAGUACAACAACAGGACCCCUUACAUUGACCACAGGGCCUGCGACUGCUGGUACAGACUCCACAUCCACCACAGGACCUGUAACCUCAAAUUGGGAACAAAUUACCUCCACUCCAGUGCCCACUUGUCUCUCUGUCUCCACCUGCGCCACAGGGCCUAUUCCAAGCCCUGCUCUGCAGGAGUCUCUUGAGCAGUUGGCACAAAGAGGAGAUGACACUCACCUGCCACAAUACCUUCACCAGAUUGCUGAGGCCUUUGUCCUUCAUGAAGACUACCAGCGGGCAUUAUUGUGCAUCCAACUAGAGAGACUCUACCACCAGAGAGUAUUGGACAACCUGAAUGCGUUACAAAAACAGUGGGAGAGCCAGUGUAGAAGGACCUCCCCAGACCUGGCAGCCCAACAUCUGGACACUCUUAAACACAUCUGCCAGACGCACAAUCGACCAAUAGCUAAAGAUGAUGUGUCUGCAUCUCUGGAUGUUUUGAGGCCUACAUUAGAAGAAGGUGGUGCACUGUUUCCAUGUACCACAGCCUGUCAGGUCGACGAUGGCAUGGAGCAGAGAGCUGAAGACUCCUCCCAUUCUCAGAGCGGCCGUCCAGUCGUACCCUCCAUUAGUUUAACUGAUGGGCUCAUUUCACCUGAGAUCUCUGAGAAGGACGGGGAAGACCCUGACAGAGAAUUAGAGGGAAGAGACGGUUUCCAUAGAUCUCAGCUGACUGACAGGCAGGGCAGCAACAGAGGGGUAGGAGAGAUGGAAGGAGGGGUAGGAAACACCAUUCCAGUCACAGGAAAUGUACUGCACCCCUCGUCAUCUGGAGAAAUGGAUCAGUCCAAACCCGCAGAGCAGCAGGGAGGAGAUUUAGGUCUAGCACAGGAAAAGGAGGCAAGAAGAGAGGAGGAGGAAGGGGACGUGGAGGAAGCAGCCGAGGCUCUGGAGAUGGAAGAGGAGGGAGAGGAUGAAGAGGAGGAGAAGCAGAAGAAAAGAGGUUCCCCUCUUUGUCAGGAGGAUCUCCCUGUGGAGACUCUGGUCAGUGGGGCAGAGGUAGAGGCACAACAGCUGCACCAGGAAGCCCUCGCUGAAGAGAAGGAGAGCACUGAAACCUGCCUGCACCAGGAGGCCCACCUUCCUCAAGAGGCUCCUAUCAAACAGCAGGAGCAGGGUGAGGAGGAGGAAGAGGAUGAGUACGAGUACGAGUACGAAGUAGAACAGGCUGACAUCAUCAGAGAAGCUGCCUCGCUGGACGACAUGGCUAAGCUCAUCACUGUAGAGGAGCUGUCUCCUGCCUCUGGCCUGGUCUCUAUUCUGAAGAGGCGGAGUGUUGGCGUGGACAGUAUGAGUGUGUCUGCCACCUCAGACCCCCGACCUGAAAAAGCCCCUGCCAAAAGACGUGUCCGCUUCAAAGUCCCUGAUGAUGGCUAUGAGCAAGAUGUUGGCGGUGGGGACUCCUGCCUUCUUCUCUUCCUGCUGUGUCUGGUAACGGUAGUGAUCAGUGUGGGUGGCACUGCCCUUUACUGUGCUCUGGGCGAUGCCCACUCCUCAGUCUGUCAGGACUUCUCCAGAAAUGCAGACUUCUACAUUGGCCAGAUACAGCGCGGAAUAUCUCACAUCCAGCACUGGUUCGGCCCCGGGUCAUAGCAGCAAACAGUUUAUCAACAUUGUGGAUCCACCGGCCGUUCAUCAUCGCAGGGCCCUGCAGUUCCUGCUACUUCCUCGGACAAUGUCUUCUGAGGUAAUGGUGCCGGGCAGCUGCUACAGUCCCUGUCACUGUGCUGAGCAAGUGGCUAUUAUGCUGUGUAAUUGGCUAAACAAUUAUAUCAGCCCGCUCUUCUGCAUUUUUAAUGCUCUUUGAAUUCAAAAGCAGGGUUCACUGAGAUUAAGAGUCAGUAGUUUGAAAGGGAAAGCAGAGCAGAGAGAGAAAGAUAAUAGCUGGAAAAUGGAAACUGCAUAAGAGAAGAGGAAGAAUGAACCUUUCUCAACCCUGCCCAGAUUAAAUAAAUUAGAUAUUCUCAAACUAGGUUUUUAAGAGUCCCUUGAACACAAGUUCACUGUCAGCCACUGACACUCAAGUUUGAAAAAUCACUGGUAAAUAAAUCAACCAUGGCUGGAUACAAACUCUCACUGACUCACACUGGACUACAAGACUGCAGUUAUAAAUAAGAAGUAAUUACAGCUACAACCCGCUGAGAUGUAAAAAAAUAUAUAUAUAAUGUAUAGUUUGUUAACUGGGGGGACAGAGAUGCUCUCUCCACACACACUGCACAAAUGGGAAGUGCCGUAAUGGGCAUUUCACAAACCGCUGCAACCACUAGUGUUGCUUUUAUUGUUGACUUUUUUAAAUCACAAAUGAAAUUUUAACAUAAGCAAACUGUUCUGAUGUCUACUACUUGGAAUGAAAUCAUUAUGUCUUAAUCAUGUCUUAAUCAACAUUUGAAUGAAUGUUUGGAGUUUAAUGUUUGCUUUCAGACAUCUGUUGGGCAUUUAUAUACUGUCAAAAAAAAGGGGUUGAAGGGUUAUUUUGGUAAUGAUCAACAUUGAGCUGCUAAUUGACAACAGGCCCUUCAAAUAUGUCCCAUGGGGGAAAAUGAUCAUUAUUUUAUUGCAAUGAGCAGAUGAUGAUGACCUCUAAAUCAGCUGCACAGUACUCUAUGUGAUCUCUCCCCCGUGUACAUAUUUGAGUGUCCUGUCGCUGCGCUUUUCUGUCUAACUACCAACAAUGCAUUUGCAGUCAGCUGACAUGGCUGCCACUCGAGACAAAAAGUCCAAACUAUCCAUUUAUUGGUUUCAAUGAGCUAGAUUUAGCAUUGUGUAGCAUAUGCAACAUGUACAGCAACACAGUGCACCUCUGUAUAUUGUCAAAAGAAUGUUUAACAUGUUGCACACAGAACUGGUACGACUUUUCUUCUUUUUUUUGUAUAUUGCAAUAUUUCUACAGGCAUUGUUGUGUUGGUUCUAGGCUGAACACAGGCUUUACAUGGUUUUACACUGUUUGAUCAGAAAGUAAAUAUUUCCAUAGCCACAAGCCGUUAAAGUUAAAUGGUAAAUGGACAUGUAUUUAUAGAGUCAAAGUGCUUUACAGCCUUUGCCACAUUCACCCAUUCACACCCAUUCACACUCUGAUGGCAGAGGCUGCCAUGCAUGGUGUAUACCUGCGAUUUAGAGCUUCCUAACCAAAGUGCCCCACAAUAUUUCUAUGCUCAGCAUUCACACAGCCACUCUCACAUGAAUGGAACAGCCGUCUGGGACAGUUUGAGGUUCAGUACAGCCAGUAAACAUUAUUUAUGUACGGAUAACUCGAACAGAGAAUACCGCACUCUUAAGCUGGUCCAGCAAGGUUUGGACCACUUCAGUUAGAGAAACUGAUGAAUGAUAAUUUCACAAUUGAUGCUUAAACAAUAAUUACUCAGUGUGCUUUAUCGGUACAAAACUUGUUGUUGAUGAGAUCAUUUGAAGCUCUGUGUCAGUCCAGCUCUGCCUGCCUGUCUGUUUGCUGUUUUUAUUCUGGGCAUCAGUGUGUGAUUGUUAAUGUUUCCAUUGCCUUUUACAUUUUUUUUCCCCAACUUGAUAAUUUCUGCCUUCUUAAAGAAUAAUCUACUUAACAUUUUCCAAUGAUGUAGAACAUUUUGUCUAAUGUGCUUUGGAAAAAGACUUAAACUUGAAACCAAGCGUUCAUUGUCACACCAGUGCUUUAACUUUUCUUUUUGAUCAUUUUAAAGCAGAAGUCUUACUGGGCUAAUUUUCACUGCCUUCAUAGAUUGUAUCUCUCAUUUCAAAAUAAUGCAGUGUUUCAUGUCAAAUAUUUUUCCUUUUACUUGCUGUAGUAGUGGAUGCCAUAGAAGAAGCCCUAGAAAAACCACAUAUCUCACAAAGGUCUCAAUUGUCAGGAUGUAAAGAAAAAACUAAUCUAUCAAAAAAAGGGGUCAUUUUUGUGUCUUACCUAUGCAUUUAUAGCAACAUAAGGCUGUAUCAUCUUUUUUCUCAUGUCAUGUCACUCACAAAAACUGAUCAUUUGUUUGAGAUAUGAGGUUUUCCCAGGACGGAACAAAUAGAUUGAGUCUUGUUUUUAUUUGCACAUGUCGUCUGGCUGGUUCAGAUGACCAUUGUUCAGAAAACCUCUUAUUUAAUCUUCUGGAUGUUUUUAAUUAUUUAUAAUGAGAAGGGUGUCAAGUUUAGGUGGUUAAGGAAAAAAAAAAGAGAUGCAUCCGUUUUCUUUAGUUGAUUACAUUCAGGUUUUUAAUUUUUUUUUAAUCACCAUGUUUUCUUAAGGAGGCCUCGAUAGAGAAUUUAAUUUCUUAUUUUAUGUCUGAAUACCAUCAUCUGGGCCAUCAUUAUAUGUGUUUUAUUUUUCAUUAAUUUUCCCUCAUCAGUUCCUGAAAAUGAUUUGAGACGUGUGGAUUGUUGCUGUCAUUAUGAUCUUCCUCACACAGAUUGUUUAAAGGUUCAUCUGUAACCUUAGAAUAAAUCUUCAUUCGUUUUAGCCAGUUGGUUUUUAACGGACAAGUAGAAAUGAAUGAAUGAAAAGUUGUAAUUUUUUAUGUGUGGAUCAGCACCUGAUGUGUUUUAUGAAUUGGUCAAUGAACUCUUUCACUUUGUUCUUACAGAUUGUAAUAAGAAGAUGAGGUUUUUAUUUUUUCCUUGUUAAACAACACCUCCUUCCUCGUAUGUCUCCUGUUAAAGCUGUUGGGAAAAAAAAAGUUGUUGUGAGCCUC